CUUUCCCUAGCAGACACCUAUCUUUUCAAACCAGGACAGAUUUUGGCACACAACAGUGGGGCCUGAGGGCAUCGAGAGGAAAGGGUGAAAAAGGAAUAACAGUUCUUGAGUGACCUCAUUUUUUAUGUUAGGUGGCACCAUGUGGUCCAGCUUAACCUGGUUCGGGUUGCACGUGGUCACAGCUAUAUCUCUGGCAUUUGCAACCUUUUAUCUAAACAUGGGUCCUAUAACUAAGGGUACUGUAGCUGUUAUCCAGUUCAUUUUGUGGGUUGAUAUGGUGUGGAAUUCAUGCAUUUUUAACUUUCUCUGGAAGGCGGAUGCAUGGAUUCAGAGCUAUCACACACUAACUGUAUGUUUUUGGGGUUACUUCAAUAAUGGUACUUUCUGUGAAGAAAUGACAGCAGGGGAAAUUUUCUCCCAGCCCUUCACCCAGUUUUUUAGGUCCAUCCCACCAGUUUUUAAAGGGUUCAUAGUCUCUCUAAAUGCUAAUUAUAUCAUACAGUGGCUGGGGUUGCUAUGCCUGUUCUAUUUAGCAUUGAGAGAUAACGGGAGAUUGACUUGGAUAACAACCCUGAUAUCUACCCCAGGGAAUAGGGAUACUGCUGCAGAAACUGACCCUGUCCCGGAGACCAGGGAUGCUGCCCCAGAGCCUGACCCUGCCCCAGGAAACAGGGAUGCUGCCCCACAGCCUGACCCUGCCCUGGAGACCAGGGAUGCUGCCCCACAGCCUGACCCUACACCACAGCCCACCUCAGAAAUGAACCACCCGGAUUGGGUAGGGGUUUCGGUGAGGGAGAUACGUGAGAUAGGCCAGAUGCUGAAGGAGUACCUUUCCCCAGCUAGUGAAAAACCCUCCCCCUGCCUUAAAGAGGGAGAGUCUGAUGGUGCAGCAGUGGAACCCACAAACGUUACAACUGUCCAGGUUCCAGCUGAACCACAAGGGCUCUCACAACCAGCAGGGGAGCCAGAGGUUAUCACCGAGUACCCGUGGUAUGAGAGUCUCCGUAAUCUGCGAAAAGACAUUGCACGGCGGGGCUGUGAGGCUACUACAACCUGGCUACUUCGGGUCUUGGACCUUGUGGGAACAAGUGUGCAACUGGAUGCUACUGAGGCAAGGAAUUUGGGACCCUUGACCCAGGACUCAGGUCUGAAUCAGGUAUUCGUAAGGGAGCCAGGGCCCCUGUCCCUCUGGGAACGGCUUUUAAUGAGUGUGAGAGAGAGGUUUGUCUACAGAGAGAGGAUGCCUGAGCACCAUCGUAGAAGGCCCUGGAAGACCCUUGAGGAAGGGAUCCAGCAGCUGAGAGAAGUGGCAGUAUUAGAGGUACUCUUUGGGAGGGAUGGACAGCAUGACAAUGACCCUGACAAGGUCAGGUGCACAGGACAGAUGUUGUGGAAUUUGGCAACCCUGGGGCCAUCUCAAUAUACUGCUUUUAUUGCAAUGAUUAAUGCUGACAACAAAGAGACAGUGGGUUCUGUCACCAGCCAGCUUAGAAAUUUUGAGAGUAUGAUGGAGGCCUAUGUCUCUGCUGUAGUUAAGGAACUUGAACAGUUAAAAGAGAAGAUAAGGGAGAUGAGGGAGGAGAUCAGGAGGAACAUUUCCCAUAUGGCACGUAUGCAAGUUACAGGCCCCAAAGUCAGAGCCCAAAGUCCCCCAUCUAGGGAGAGAGGGUACACUCCACGAGCUGACCUGUGGUUCUUUCUGCGUGACCACGGGGAAGACAUGAGAAGGUGGGAUGGGAAGCCCACUUAUGUCCUGGCAGCACGGGUGCGUCAACUCAGGGAGGGAAGCACUAACCAAGGGAGUUCUGCUAAAGUGAAAAUAGCCUCAACCUCCCAUGACCAAGGUGUAGGGUAUUACAGAAGGGAGGAUAAUCUAUCAGACCCACUUGAAGGACCCUGUAGUAUGUAUGCCCAGGAAGGAAAUAAUAACUAGGGCUAGAGGGGCCUUGCCUCUAGCCAAGGAGAGGCACAGGAAAACUGAGUCUUUUGGACAGUGUGGAUCCAAUGGCCUGGCACAUCAGAGCCACAGAAACAUAGAGCAUUAGUUGAUACUGGUUCACAGUGUACCCUAAUACCAUCAGAACAUGUGGGGAAAGAACCUGUUUCCAUUGUUGGGGUGACGGGGGGAUCACAGGAAUGCACUUUGCUGGAAGCUGAGAUUAGCCUGACAGGGAAGGGGUGGCAGAAACAUCCUAUUGUAACUGGCCCAGGGGCACCGUGCAUUCUAGGCAUAGACUUCCUCAGGAACGGCUACUACAAAGACCCAAAGGGGUUCAGGUGGGCUUUUGGAAUAGCUGCUGUAGAGACAGAGAGCAUUAAGCAGUUGAACACC